CUCGUCAUAGCGCAGCAUCCGUGAGCAUCCUCAUUUGAUUUGUGAAGGCCGCCUCCUAUCUCCACUACUGAUAUCAUUGCACAUUGUACGGAGAUACCAUGGAUACCAAUACUCGAUGAAACGCUGUGAACUCUCGACACCGCAGAAAAUAAGCAGUAGGCAAGGCAGGCCAGACCUGCACAUGAUCAUCCAUCUUAAUCCACCAGAUCCUAUCACCCUAUAUACUCUGCGGUACCCCAUCUUCCCCGACACUUGUUUGUUUUGUUGUUCAACCCUUUCUGUGGCCGACGUCUGUUUUAUCUUGUUGGCUUUCCUGUUUGCCUCAUUUCAUCAUGGCUACAGACCGUCAAGAUCAGCAUCCCACCUUCACCACUCCCGCGUUUGAUCCUGAGCGAGGCCCAACUCAAGAGGCUAAAGAGGAAAAUGGAGAAUGGGAGAAGGCUUCCACUGUGAAGGGCGACGACGCGACUCCUGCCGUCAACCCCCAAGGAAAUCCUCAGCAAGCAGAUCAUUUGGGGACUGUUCUUUCCGAAAAGGAGAGUCAAGAUGUCGAGCCUAAGCCUGAGACCUUCGAUAAGAUCGAAAUCACCGAAGAUGAUUGCUACAACGAGCUCGGCUAUGCGUGGCCAGAGUGGAAAAAGUGGACUGUUCUCACCGUCAUUUUCCUCGUCCAGCUUUCGAUGAAUUUCAACACCAGCUUGUAUUCCAAUGGUCUGAAGGGCAUUUCGGCCGAGUUUGGUGUCAGCGCUCAAGCAGCUCGCUGCGGAGCCAUGAUCUUCUUGGUCCUGUAUGCUUUUGGCUGUGAGCUAUGGGCACCUUGGAGUGAAGAGUUUGGUCGUUGGCCAGUUCUCCAACUUUCUCUGACUCUCGUCAACAUCUGGCAACUUCCUGUGGCCCUGGCUCCUAACUUUGCUUCUCUCAUGGUUGGAAGAGCGUUGGGAGGUUUGAGCUCUGCUGGAGGUUCAGUCACGCUCGGGAUGAUCGCCGAUUUAUGGGACGCUGACAACCAGCAAUAUGCUGUGGCUUAUGUGGUCUUCUCGUCAGUCUUUGGGUCAGUCCUAGGUCCCAUUAUUGGUGGAUUCGUGGAGCAAUACCUCGCAUGGAGGUGGAGCAUCUGGAUUCAACUUAUCUUCGGCGGCUUUGUUCAGGCUGCUCAUUUCUUCUUGGUUCCCGAAACUCGCACAACCAUCAUCAUGGACAGAAUCGCAAAGAAAAGACGCAAGGCCACUGGCGAGAACAUCUGGGGACCCAACGAGCUCGAGCCGUUCAGGGACCGCUUCUCUGCCAAAGAAGUGCUCAUCACCUGGAUGCGACCAUUCAAGAUGUUCGUGACCGAACCGAUAGUACUCACACUUUCACUCCUCAGCGGUUUCUCCGACGCCCUUAUCUUCAUGUUUAUUCAGUCAUUCGCCUUGGUUUACGGCCAAUGGAACUUUAGCGCUUGGGCCGUUGGUCUGUCCUUCCUUCCGCUCGGCAUCGGUUAUUUCGUGGCAUGGAUGUCAUUUAUUCCUGCCAUCAGGAGAAAUAUCAAGGAGCGAGAGAAAAACCCUGGCGACGAGAAGGCCCAAUACGAGUCUCGAUUAUGGUGGCUUCUGUACACUGCACCUACUCUUCCGAUCGGUCUUUUUGGCUUCGCUUGGACGAUCCAAGGCCCGCCAAUCCAUUGGAUCGGCUCAAUGAUAUUUGCAGGGAUUGUGGGCAUCGCAAAUUACUCCAUCUACAUGGCUACGGUCGACUACAUGAUCUGCGCCUAUGGUCCAUACUCGGCCUCGGCUACUGGAGGUAAUGGCUGGUCCAGAGAUUUCCUAGCCGGUGUCCUCACCAUCCCAGCUACACCAUUCUUCGAAAAUAUCGGUGGCCGCUACCAUCUAGACUAUGCUGCCACAAUUCUUGCGUGCAUUGCCACUCUACUCGUCCUUGCCGUCUACGUUAUCUACUGGUACGGAGCAACCCUGCGAAAGAAGUCGCCCUUCGCCCAGUCGCUUGCAGAUGCUCGCGCAGAUAACCAAGGGCGCCGUCUGUCAUAUCUACGUUCAAAUUCGGGUACUUCGGAUUCUAGGAGAGCUUCGAGAACAAGUCUGGAAGCGAGACGAGCGCUUAACUCCAGGAGGCAGAGUCAGGCUGAGUUCCGCAGACAGAGCAUGACCCCUAGGAUUGGAUCGGGUAUGGUCCGGUAAAUAAUCCAUCAAAGCCCUCUGUUGUCUAAAGCAGGCUCUAUAUGUGAGGAAAGACCUGCAAGAAAGGGGCGAUUGCAUUGCGAGGAGUCAAACAUGCUUGGUGUCUGGUGGUUAAAGGAGUGGUCUUGGAAAGAAUUUCAGGCCACGGAUACGGAGUAUGUUACACUUGUACUAAUAACAUGACAUGAUAACAGCACAAAUAACAGAGGGUUUUGGUCUGCAAGCCACGACACAGGAUGUCAUUAGAACACGAGACUCGACCACGAGACCAAGCAAGGCAAGACCACUCAUUCACCCGCCAACCGAAACUCCCACCGCGGUCAUGGGACAGCCAUAUGCACGUCUUCGAACC